GAGCGUUUGCAGUUGACAGCGACACGAUUAUAAUGCAUCGCAUGUGUGAACAGACCUAAGAAAGGGACGAGCCGGUUUCACCCGGUUUAUGGGUAGAGCAGCAACAGCACCAUGACAAGUGUGCGUAGAGGACAAAGUGCAGGUGACUUCGGCGGAACUCUUCGCGUCGAUUCCAGCAUUGCGUUGCCAUUCACACAACCAGCAGCGCCAUGAAGCUCCGUGGAAAGGAAACGCUUUGUUUUCUUUCGGCUGUGUUGUUAGUCUGUGGUGCAUCAGAACGCGACGCACCUGUAGUCCACAUGGAACUUGGCAGCCUGAAAGGGGAGUAUGUGAGCGUAAAAGGGAAGGAGACUGGGGCCGACGCCUACCUGGGUGUCCCAUUUGCCAAGCCACCCGUUGGCCCUGGCCUGAGACUGGCUCCACCUCAGAAAGUGGAGGCUUGGCAAGGAGUGAGAGAUGCCAGUAAGCAGCCACCGAUGUGCAUUCAACAUAGACAGUUCCUUCUAGAUCUGAUGCAGUUGAUUGGUAGCAUAGCAGAAGAAAUCCCUGAUAUUUCAGAGGACUGCCUUUACCUCAACAUUUAUACUCCUGCAAACAGAGCUCAUGAUGCUAAGCUCCCAGUAAUGAUGUGGAUCCAUGGUGGAGGCUUUACUUUGGGAUCAGCUUCAAUGUAUGACGGAUCCGCCCUGGCUGCUUACCAGGAUGUGGUUGUGGUGCUCAUCCAAUAUCGUUUGGGAGUUUUGGGCUUUCUCAGCACAGGAGAUGAGCAUCUGCCUGGUAACUCUGGCCUGCUGGACCAGGUUGAAGCUCUACGGUGGAUCCAAAAGCACAUUGCCAACUUUGGGGGAGACCCAGCCUCGGUCACCAUAUUUGGAGAGUCUGCUGGUGGAAUGAGCGUUUCCCUGUUGCUUCUAUCACCAUUGUCUGAUGGGCUGAUCCAUCGAGCCAUCGCUGAAAGUGGCACUGCCGCAAUGGAUGUGUUUGUGUCAACUGAUCCUCUACCAAUAGCACAGGUUGUUGCUAAUGCAUCCGGCUGUAGCAUUGAAAGCACACAGACGAUUGCUGCCUGCUUGAGAAAAAUUGAUAUUGACCCUUUUUUGACGAUUGCACAGGAUCCAACACUAAGAUUGAGCAUAAAUAUAGACGGACACUUCCUGACGAAACCAGUAAAGGAGCUGUUCGAGAAGCAUGAGAUUCAGAAUAUACCAUUUUUGACUGGUGUCAAUGAUGAUGAAGGGGGCUGGUUAGUUACUUCUUUCAUGGCUCCUCCAAACUGGACUGAAGGAAUGGACCGGGAGCAGGUUUUAAACACAAUAUCGCCUUUCAACCCCAAAGAGUCCAUUGUCACUGAUCUGAUGAUAGAGGAAUAUAUUGGAGCUGGGGAAGAUCGUGAGAAAAAUAGAGAUGGUUUUACUGAGUUAUUUGCGGAUAUGUUGUUCAACAUCCCUGCCAUUAAGGCUGCAAAUGCUCACAGAGAUGCAGGUGCCCACGUGUACUUGUAUGAGUACCAGCAUCCGCCUCAUUUCUUGAAGGCAAAAAGGCCAAGCUUUGUUGGGUGUGACCACGGAGACGAAAUCUUUACUGUUUUAGCGUUUUGCUUUACAACAAAACAUAUCCGACUAAAUGCUACAUGCUUAGAGGAGGAAGAACAACUUAGUCGAACGAUGAUGGCCUACUGGGGCAACUUUGCUCGGAAAGGGUCGCCUAAUGGUGAUGGCCUUGCUCACUGGCCUAUGUAUGGAAGAGAAGAGAAGUACCUGGCAAUAAGUGCAAAGGAGCAGGUAACUGCCCAGCACCUGAAGAAGGAUCGCUUUGUCUUUAUGACUCAGAUCCUCCCAGAGAAAGUUCGACUACAUCAGGAGAAGAAUGAGCGUGUUGAACUUUAGAGGACGAGCACCAUUUUGUUUUCUUUUACAACCUGUCCUCUUCAUCUUGCAUCGUUUUGAGUUUAAUGCAGUGAUUCACUGUGACAUACAGUAGCUGUUAAACUGAUUUUGAGUAUCUUAAACAAGCACAGCAAAUAAUAGGAACUAUGUACUUGUCCACUUUUAACAUUUUGAAAAAUCUUAAAAAAAAAAAAAAAAAGAACAUUUGAAUUAAAUCAACUGACUGUUGUGUGGCA